AUGACCAUGAAUCCGACAUUGUAUUUGUACCGAUUUCCCGGGCCACGGGGGCCGGGGCCAUAUACAAUGAAAUAUUGGUGGACCCUAGGAUGUUUUCCAACUGGCAGAGAAACACCAUUUCGUUUGCAGGAAUUUUUGUUAACUUACCAGCAGGAGCAUGUACCGAUUGAGGUGGAGGAGUGGCUUUGUUGCUUUGUGAAAGAUCCACUGGCGGAGCUCCGGAAUGCUUGCAAAGAUUUGUUUGAUGCAGCUGAGGCGUGUCCAGAAAAGGAGUCUACGCGUGGAUAUAGAGCAAUUCAACCAAGUGUGAUGCCUUUACUAGCGCCAAUGAAGAAAUUUGAGAAGCAACUUGGUAUUAGAAUUUCUCCUACUGGACUUCGUGCGGUGGUGUCUAGUAAAGUGUUAAAGGAACGUUUCUUAGAUGACCUAUUUGAAUACAAGGAAUUGAUUGAGAAAGAAGGGAGUACACCACAUCGCCGUUUGGCUAGAAGUAAUCUAGAGCAAUUGCUGCCUGAAGAAGAGACAGACAACUCUUCCUUGUCUACACAGCAUAUCGACCCAGUGGUUCCGGAGUUGGGUAACUUUGUGGGUGCUGUCGCUUCCCCUCCAGAUACUACUGCUGCUGAUGAAAAGAAAUUGAUUCAUUUGCUAACAACUGUUUCAGAAGGUUGUGUUAGUUGUGGCCACUACGAUGACGCAAGUUCAAUGUUGGCUGGCGCACUGAUGUUUUGUCAUGACGCAGAUGCAAAAGCUGUUAUUCAUGCAAAUUUGGCUAUUACCUUGUUACUGAAUGGUGAUUUUAGGCAGGCAGAAUAUAAUGGAAGAGAGGCGGCGCUUCUGCAACCCAAGGCAAAAUCUCUUUCCUCUGCAGGUGCUAGGGGUUACGCAGCAUGGGCUGCUGCUGUCGCAUAUCAAGAUGAUUUUGAGAAGGCGGAACGAAUCAUAAAUGAUGCACUUGCUUUGCAUUCAACUAAUGAAGAAAUUAAAAGCAUGGCGGUGCAGCUUCGAAAAUUGCGUGCAGCACAAGCAUCUUUAUCUUCUAGUGGAGAAGUUCCAGAAUCGUUGAGGGGUAGCAGGUAUUAUUUGCCGUCACAGCAGUCAAGAGCGCUUGCUAAGGGAAAUGGCAAGGCGUUUGAUAAUGAAUUUGAUUGGGCAUUGUUUAAGAAUAAACUAUACCCAAGCAAAAUGAAUCCAAACACAAACGAAAUGGGUUCUGUUUUCCGUCGUGUGGGUGACAUGGGACUGUUUAUUUCAGGUUCAAGAACCAUGGAACGACUAUAG